AUGAUCGAAGAUCGUGAACGUCGUCAAAUUGGCUAUUAUCAAUGGGUACCGUUUGCAUUGGCAAUUGCUGCACUAAUGUUCCAUAUGCCAGCCACCAUUUGGCGAAUGUUAUCAACUCAGUCUGAAAUAGACAUUGUAUAA